AUGACGAAGCCCAUCACCUACUACGACAUCAAGUUCACGACCGGUCUCUGCAGCUCUCCCAACACCUGGCGCAUCCGGUAUGCGCUGAACAUCAAGGGCCUUCCGUACAAGACCGAGUGGCUCAGCUUCCUCGAGAUCCCGAAGGUCCUUGAGGCUAACGGCACGCCAAAGACCGAUGAUGGCUACACGCUUCCCGCUAUCGUGGACCCUAACACCGGCAAGGCCAUCCAGGACUCUAUCCCUAUCAUGGAGUACCUUGACGCCCAGUACCCCGACACCCCGCAGUUGCUCUCCGCCGAGACGAAGGAGGCGCAGCUCGCGUUCAUCAACGGCGUCGGCAAGAAGGUCAACAUGACGCGUUUCCCGUUCUCGAUCUACCAGAUCUUCCUUAUCACGCUGCCGGAGGACCAGGGCCACUUUCGCACGGCGCGCGAGAAGAACUUCGGGGGGCGCAAACUCGAGGACAUCGAACCUCAGGGUGAGAAGCGCGAGGCGCAAUUCGAGGCGAUCAAGGCCGCACUCGACGCCGCUGCCACCGCCUUCGACGAGCACGCUCAGGGCAAGACAUUCUACGGUGGUGACGCGCCCGUCUUUGUUGACACCGACCUUGCCGGCACGUUCAUGUGUGUCAAGAACAUCCAUGGCGAGGACAGCGAGCUCUGGAAGUUCAUGAUCGCACAGAACGGUGGUCGCUGGGCGAAGUACAUCGAGGCAAUGGACAAGUGGACGUCCGGCCAGUAA